ACAAAAUUUAAUUCAACGCCCCUGAUUAUACUCCCACGAACCCCUAUAACGCAUCUUGACCCCAACACAUUCAAGUCCUCAGCUCUUCCCCUACAUUUGUCCAACUCUUGUCCCCUCUUUGUAGGAGCACUUGCCUCUAACUUGCUUCCUUUGCUACCGACACCUUCUUUUUCAUUUGCCCUACUUUUAUUGCGUUUCAUACCCAUUCUAAGUCUUCCAUGCAUUCCAUCUUUGCCUUAUAAUAACACACCAUCUUUCUAUAUCCACUCCUCAGAGUUUUUACAAGCAUCAAAUAUGGAAAGUGUUAUUACUCAUGAAGAAGGUCUCAACCUUAAGGAAACUGAACUUAGGUUGGGAUUACCGGGAAGCGACGAGUCGUCUGAGAAAGAAUCCAUAUCCAUAUCCAGCUCCAGAAAUAAGAGGGCCGUGCCUGAUUCUGUUGAGGAUAGAGAAUCAGUUUCAGAUACCAAACAUGCAACUGCACCUCCUGCCAAGGCACAAGUGGUUGGAUGGCCACCAAUCAGAUCAUACCGGAAAAACUGUUUCCAGCCAAAAAAGGUCGAGACAGAGACAGGAAGUUAUGUGAAAGUAAGCAUGGAUGGAGCACCUUAUCUAAGAAAGGUUGAUUUGAAAGUUUACAAGUGCUACCCCGAGCUCCUUGAGGCUUUAGAAAACAUGUUCAAGCUCACCAUAGGUGAAUACUCCGAGAGGGAAGGUUACAAAGGAUCUGAAUAUGCACCUACUUACGAAGACAAAGAUGGUGACUGGAUGCUGGUUGGAGACGUUCCGUGGGAAAUGUUUAUGUCAACCUGCAAAAGACUAAGGAUUAUGAAAGGAUCAGAAGCCAGAGGACUGGGACACGGUGCCUAAAUGAACCUACAAACCGCAACAUAAUUCUACAUAUUAUUUUUAGCAGAAACGGAGAUUAGGAUCUCUGUUGCGGAGACAACAUCUGCCAGCUCAGGGUCUCGAAGAACUUCAAUACAGUUUUCAUCAAUUUGUCUGUAGACUAGUUUUUUCUUGGUUUGGACCGCGGACAAAAGCAGAAUUCUUACAAUACCUCAUCUGAGGUUCUGUAAGGAAGACUGCUUGUGGCUCCAAAGGUUUAUGAUAUGUUGUUUUGUAAUAAUCUGAUCAGACCAGAACACUGUAUACAUGCUUCUGCAGCAAAUGUAUAAAGAACAUAUACUAAAGUUCUGGUCUUGUAUCAAGAAAACGAUAAUACAUACUUUAGAUAUUCACAUACGGAGUUUAUUAAACAAA